AUGUCAUUCGAUGUGUCCAAGAAGGACUAUGAAGAAAUCUACUCCAUCUGCAGUCAGCUAAUCAAGGAGAACAAAGUCUUGGGCGCCAAAAUUGCUUCGCAGUUUCCUCACAUUCCCUUUAAUACGAUUCAAUUCAUCUAUCGGCAAUGUUUUCAUCGUCUGGAGUUGGAGCAAAUGAGUCUUAUCAAGCAGGACAUUGCCGAGUUUAUCAAACUAUUUGAGCAGAGAAACUCGAUUGACGCUAUCGUUGAAAGCCGCAAGCUGUACCGUCCGUGUCUUAUUCGCGAAAUGUUGAAACAAAAGUUUACGAUCGACGACAAGACAGUCGAGGAGUAUAUCAAUAACCCUUCGACAAUUCCGGAUUUGCGAUACGUCCAGAGCUGUAACUGGACAAGCGUUUUAGAAGUGGCGAAUCACGACAAGAUUCGUCAGGCAUUGGGACUGGAAUACGAAUAUCUGCUCAAGGAGCAGCUCCGGAAUCUAGAGAUCUCAUUCAAGUCGGAAGUGCAGAGUCGUUCUGAGGGCUUGCUCCGAACUCCCGAUAUCACGCUCAACUAUCCAAUUCUGAUCCGCGUCAAUGAAUAUCCUUUGCUCCACAGCGCUCAGAAGCCUACGGAUCCCUAA